CCCUCUCUCCAACAACACCAAAGCUUCUUUGGGCCACUUUGCGCAUGUACGGCCAGUCUAACCAAGCACUGCAUCGACUCCAAGAUGGCGAAAACACGUCUGGCUUGCCUCCUGACGCUCCUCUCAACUCACUGCUACUUCAGCACAUGGGCAGUGGUGUUAAAGACAAACAACGAAUCGCCAUGGACCAACGAGUUUGACAAAAUCGAGUUAUCCUGUUUGAUUGAGUCCAUUUCCACAACCAACCCCAGGAUAGAAUGGAAGAAGAUCACAAAUGAGGGGCCGAGUUACGUGUACUUUGACGGGCAGAUCUCAGGUGACCUUGAAAACAGAGCGUCGAUCCGAGAACCGGCCACGCUGCUGAUAACCAACGCCACGAGGUCGGACACGGCCAAGUACCGCUGCGAGGUCACCGCCGCCGACGACCAGAAGUCCGUAGAUGAGAUCGUGAUCGACCUCGUUGUGAGAGUGAAGCCGGUGGUGCCGAAAUGCAGCGUCCCAAAGUCGGUGCCGUUUGGGAAGUCGGCCGAGCUGAGCUGCGUGGAGGAGGAGGGCUUCCCCAAGUCCAAGUACCAGUGGUUCAAGAACAGGGAGGAGAUUCCCAACGACCCAAAGUCCAGCAUCAAAUUCUUCAACUCCUCGUACACGCUCAACACGGGCUCGGGGACUCUGAAGUUCAUCGCAGUCAGAAAAGAAGAUGCAGGCGAGUACUCGUGCCGAGCGGAGAACGAUGCGGGGUACUCUGAGUGUCUGCCGCAGCAGAUGGAAGUCUACGACAUCGAUGUUGUGGGGAUUAUACUGGGAGUGCUGGUGGUGGUCGUGGUGCUCGUAUGUAUGACAGCGGGGAUCUGCUGUGCGUACAAGCGAGGCUACUUCUCAGGCCAGAAACCAACGGGAAACAAUUACAAAGUUCCAGCUAAAGGAGAUGGAGUGGACUACGUCAGGACAGAGGAUGAGGGAGAUUUCCGACACAAGUCGUCAUUCGUGAUCUGAGGAGGGACGGACGGGGGGUCUCGGUGCUGGGACAUGGCCUGUGGGGACAGUCCACACAACCCAAAAUCCCACCGCUCAAGUUUGCCAAAGGUGACGAGAUCCCACGGGACAGCAACACGUGGAACUUUAGACUACACCACGUAGGGGACUGAGACCGCCGACUCUUUACUGCCAACAACCCAAUUCUUUUGCUCAAUAACGGAGUUCUUGCUUUACAGCUGUUGCAUGGUUUGAAAAACACAGAACGAGGUAGAAAAGGAGUCAAUCCAUCAUCACACCUUUCUACUUUUGCUUCAAAGCCCUCUCGUCAUUUGUAUAAUCUUUCUUUUCUACUAUUGAAAUUUGUCAGACUAUUUUUGAUGGAAUAUAUUUUAAAAAUGCCUAUAGAUAAAGGUUUACUUUUUUAAAUAUUUGUAAAAUACUAACAUGUAUUAUUUAGUUUUUUGUUGUUUUUGGAUAAAACAAAUAUGGAACACUUUAACCACAUCAGACUGGCAGCACCUCUGCAACCGGAAGACAGACCCACAAAAAACUAAAGACUUGAAUCUGCAUAUCGCCAUGGGGAUCAGCGGUCUUACAUAUUUAAUUUCCCGCCCGCUUUGGACUCCUCCAUGUUCAUGUUUGUGGAGUCUUAGUUAGAGGCUUUGAUGAGUGCCAGUCCAAUGCUGUGAAACACUGCACACAAUCAGUGCUGCAUCUUCUUGAUUUUAAGUGUCCUUCUAUGCUUGCUGUUGAUCUUGUAUAUAUUGAAUUUACUGUCCAGGAUAGACUUUUGUUGUCAUGUGUUUGUAAGUAUUACACCAUAAUAAUGAUGAUGUUAAUAAUAAUACAGGGUUUGUUGGUUAACCUUCCAGACCCCAAAAUAGGAAGUUCUAAUACUAGAUGUGCUACUGUGAUGUUUUACUGGGUAAAAUCCCUCGAUUUGAUUUCUGAAUGGAAACAAAUUGGACCAAGGACAGAGACUUUAUUUUGAUUACUGACUAUUUAAGUUACAUUCAGUCAACGCACCAAGAACAUCAGUGGAAAUGAUGACUGUCAUUCACAGACUGCUCCGUGUCCAAUUGGCUUCAAAGCGUUUUUAUUCCUAAUAUUGGUGCAAAUAGGGUGUAGACCUGAUUCUAAUCUUUGUUGUUUUAGUUGAUCUGACCCGACAGCUGGGGUCUGGGGGGUUAACAGUUGUACUGAUUGUAUAUAGAUAUUUCUCUUUCCCUCUCUCCACAGAUUGUUUUAAUUUAAGGCAAUAUGAAACUCUUCCAUUUGUAAGACUGAGAAAAGGUAACAUUUUAUCAUCAUCAUUCAGCAAAAUAUGGAAGCUUUAGAGGCAAGUGAGAAUCAUUUGGUGUCAUUUCUCUGAUCUUAAGUUACUUUGACUUAACAGUUAAAAAACAAGAGAAAAGAUUUCAUCAGCUCAAAAUCUUUGAAACUGUCCAAAAAUUGCUUGGUUUAAAAAAAUUCAAAGGAUUAAAGUUAGAAGAAUAGAAUAGUUUUCACCUUUUUUUGCCUAUUCUUCAGUCAACCAGAGGUGAGAAAACAAUUGACAUGACUAUUAGGAAAGUGAUUACCAGAAUAGUCUUUUUCUCACUGGCCCUCAAGGCUUCCAUACACGAACAAGGACUUCUGUUCUGUUCUGAUUGGACCCUUGUUCCCAUGUUUGGAACAAACUGGCUUCUCGUAAUCAAACAAACACGCCUGAUACGCAUCAGACCUCCAUGCAGCUCCCUGAUCUCUGGUUCUGCUGCGAUGAAGAAGAACUUUGGUAAAAGGUUAACUGAGUACCAGCCAUGGUAGGGACGAUCUGCCCAACACUCGCUUCCCACCUCCAGUUGUACACAUUUCGUUCCUCUUAAGUGCCUUCUGCCGGAGGAGUAGUACAAAUUGUCCACAGCGGUGCUCCACCCCCUGUCCCCCCCCAGUGUGCAUGUAUGUGCUAUAUGAUGCUGCCAGAAGCACCGUGUUUUACAUCCAUUGAACCACCAGCGCGGCGUUUGAGAGGAAUGAUGACACCCCUCCUUUCUUUUACAUGUGCAUCGGAACAUUUGUAAAUAGCCUUUUUUAAAUAGAUUGGAAGGACAUGUUGACGUAGAAAUAGAAAUAUAUUAGUGCCUAAUAUAGUGGGAUUAUUUUUAGAAGAGACACGCAGCACUACUAGGCAAAAAGAAAAAAUGGACACCCAUUGGCAUGCGACUUCUGGAUUCUAACACGUUUUAGAAAGACUCACUGUCCUGGUGUGUUUUUCUCUUACUUUCAUUUCUAACGCCCACAGCCGGGGUUGGGGGCCAUUUUAUUUUUGAACCCCUCCGCCCCUCAGCGGCUUGCAGCAAUGAACACGAUGUCCACACCGAGUAUUCAUGAGAAGUGCCAUGCAGCCGCAAUGGAGCUCUCAUUAUUCCGCCGGGGGGGAGCAUUUUGACAUAAAGCCCAGCUGAUGCAAAGCGUAGGACUAACAGGACUUCCCCAGGCGGCCCGCGGGCCCCCUCAAACAGUCUGUGUGUUUGACCUCCAAGAUGGCAGCGCUGCACUGAUCCAACACCGAGGAAACGGUGCAACGUGUAGGGAGGCAGGAUGCUCUGAUCCAAGCUCACAUACUGCUGCUGGGGGGGUUAUUUGUGUUCUUUUCAGAACCACUUUAUUUGUGAUUAAUAAAAACUCACUUCUAACUUUA